UAUACAUCAAGUAUCUGUAAAAUUAAAGGUUUAAAUGCACACUGCAAUUGAUGGAAAUAAUAUAGCAAGGAAAAGAGGUAGAAAGAAAGAAGAAAUGGCAGAAAAUAGAGAGUCACAUUUGGUGGACAAAAGACAAAAAGAACAGUGAGUGGAACUGAGAUAGCAGUCCUUGACUGGCACAGGGAGUGAGGAGGUCUUGGAGUUGAUCGAAAAAUGUGAAGCAUAGAAUGUUCCUGUACAUCCCCAAAGUGUGAAUUUCAUUGUUUUGAGUUUUAUGAAUUGCAUGACAAUCCUAACCCAGUAGAUAUGAGAGGGUGGGGCAGCUUGCUUCCAGCUAAGUAGAAUUAGGUGUCUGGCCAACAAGGUUGUAAAGGCCAGGGAGUCUGACUGCAACCUGGAUACAGGGAUAUCAUUGGGCACAGGAGGAGCACAUUACAUUUAAACUAUGUAUAGACAGUGUAUCAGUGUAUGUCUUACCAUACUCUCUGUAGUAUGAUUCAUAUUUACUAAUAAGUUGUACUCAUAAUAUUAAACCCAUAAAGGUACAGUAGUAUACAGUAUGCUUCUGAAAGUUUCUUAAGGUACUGACAUAUUUGCCAGGUACUAACUAUUUCAAGUUGUAUAAACCCUGCAUGCUAAAUAUGUCUGUGACCAUGACAUUGAUUUCUAACUAAAUUUACCAUAUAGAAAUCAUAUGAUGUUUUGGGUUUCACACGCUUUUAAAUAUUGCCUACAUCGUUACAUCAGCAGAUUCAUUGUGUUGCAUAGUGUGUUUACCUGGUUGCCAGGUAGCUUCACAAUGGCAACUGCCACUGCAAGAUCUGAUCCUCUGAUCUUGACUAGUUAGUUACAGGCAAGAAUGAAAAAGAGAAGAAAUAAAAACAAAGGCAUGAGAUAAAAUAUAAAUACUGAAGGGUGGGGGACAAUUGUAGAUAAUGUGAGAUCUUAAGUGGGCAAUACUUUCUAUUAUGGUGUUGUUUUUAUGUGAAUUCCAAAUGGGCUAUCUGUUAAGAGUUGUGCUAUGUUGUUCUUAGGUCUUUCUUUCACUGAGUGUACUGGUUGCAUAUAUACAAUGACACUGGAGUGGGUCUGGACUCCCAGUGCUGGCAAUCAUAUUUACACACUAUCUAUGAUCCUUCCCCAACCUCCCAUUUUUUAGUUUUCAUUUUAUUUCCCUCUUGUUCUCAUAUCUUUCUUUUAAGGAAUGACAAAAUCAUGUAAUCUCAUAAAUAGUUCAUUAUUGUGCUGCCCUACCACCCCCUCCCUUAAAGAAAGCUGCGGAUUGUGUCACAAAGCAUUAAGACAGCUAGUGAUGGCAUUACUAUUUGUAAUCUGAUUGGUUGAUGAGCAGAGCAAGGUGUAUACACACUAACAUUCUCUUGCAUACUGAAUAAACAUCACUUAUGUAAUGUUACAUAUGACUACCUUAACAACAAUCUCCAUGGGAACGUGAACAUUCUGAGAUACACAGUGCCAGUUUGAGACAGAAUUUGUUUCAACAGCUGGCAGAUUAAUUUAUUACCAUUUUGUGUCUAAGAAGGGAGAAAUCAGGGAGAAAACAGUUGUGGGGUUGUGUUGGGAUCCGCAUGGGUCGGAACUCUACUCAGCCAGACAGAAGGGUUUUUAAUGGCCAUUUCUUAACAAUUUGCUGCAGUCAAAAAAGUUACUUCUCUUUUUCCCAGAUGAAGAAAACAAAACUUCCAGCAAUUAAUUGCUGUAUGCCAAACAUUUGUGGGGGGGCAGCACCAUCAGAAGCGGUGGGUGAAGAGAAGAAAACUAAACCACUGAAACUGGAAGACAGUAAUGAGGUAACCCGGAUUCAUUAUGAGUCUUCACCGCUAAAGGGAAAAGGCUCUUCAUCUUCCAAAAAGAAGAAAAAGAAAAAUGUCUGCCAAGCUGUACCUGCUGCCAAAGAAUCAAGCCUGCCAGACUCCAAACCUUUACUACCUGCACCACCUGCUGUUAAAAAAGAUCAUCCUAAAGGUGUUUCUGAGUCAGUGAAAAAGGAACAUGGGAAGAAAGCAAAAAUCCCAGAGAUGAAUUGCUGUAUACCAAGCAUUUGUGUUUCUGAUGACAGGCAUCUCCAAGCACAGGCAUUAUCUGAUGGUGAUACUAAAGCAGGUCAUCACAAGUCUGCAAUGUUGAACUUUUCUAAGCUGGGGAAGUUUGGAUCUGCACCGACUGUGAUUAAAUUACUUCAUCCUCGUUUUGCUGGUCCAUCGGUUAUAAAAUGUGGCCCUAAACAUAUAUUCGUAAAAGGAAAGCCUGACUGCCCCAUAACACAGGAUCACGUGAAGGAAAUAAGGCCAGGCUCUCCUCCAAGCCAACGGCUUGGACAGUUUUUAAAGACAUCUCCAAUGCCUUUUGCCUGGCCUCAGACACUGAACUGCCCACAGUAUCUUAUGGUAAAUAAAAACAAUGAGAUAAGACCACUGUUUUCCUUACCACCAGGAGCCCCUAGUGGUGUUCCAGCAGGUGCGCUUGCUUACAACAUGCUAUCUUUUCAACAAGCAUCACCUGGUAACCAGGAUCACAAAACAGAUUCUUCGGCACCAGUGCAUGGUCCAGUUCCAUACACACACCCAUCUGGUACUCAAAGUCUUAUUCCCGUACCAGCUGACAAAUUUCAUCCUCAUAGCAGCCCAUUGGCCAACCUUGCUGAUACAGAUAAAUUGCCACAUCAACUGACAAAUAAAUGCCAACCUCAAGGAUGGACAGCAAGCCCCCAACCAAUCCAUGGUUCUAUGGAUAAAGGUCAUUCUCAAGGAGGAGAAAAUAGCCCGCUGGCUAGCCAACCUACAUUUUUUUCGCCAACAUACAUAGCAGUAGGCAAAAUGGUACAAGUGAAGAAACCAUGUCAAACCAAUGACGGUGGUGAAGCACUUUCAGGCACAUUUGUAAAGGGUGUUACUCAUCAGGAAGAGAAGAACUGAAGGGCCCACCACAUUCCACUGUAGGUUGUACAGUAAUAUAUUUUCUCUGCAAAAUAGACUAUUCUUAAUUUUUAAACAAAGAAACAAGCCAGUUCUUAGUUUGUACUGUAGUUUACAUUGGUCAUGUCCCCACUGGAGUCUAUUAGCAGCAACUACAGUUCUAAUUGUACCUAAAGUGGAGUUAUUGCACCAUUAAUGACAACAUUCUAAACAUUUAAAUGGUUUUAUGCAAACUGAUUAAAUACUUAAUAUAUACUUUUCUCUGCAGUGGCUACCUUGAAGUUGAUGUAUUUCUUUUUUUGCACUUUGUAUGACAGAUACACUUGGAACUUGGUAGAGGUAUAGCCAUCGAACAAAGUAGACAAAGGCAAAAAGAAGCCUAUAAAAUGUAAUUUUAUGUGAUUCAUAAAUAUGUAGCAGCAACAUGAGUCACCUGAAUCCAUAUGGAAUUGGGCUGUGGGGUACAAUUUAGUUGUAGCUAAUCCUCAUUACUUUACAAUGAAACAGCCAGCACAUGGACGUUACUAUGAUAACGUUGUUUCUUCUUUUAUUAUAACAAUAGGUUCAUAAGUUUGUCUUCUAGAAGGAUAUGAAGAAACUGGGACUCUUGACCCGUUUGGUGAACUUCGUUUUCAUUCUCCCUUUGUAGCUGUCAAUAAACUAAUCUCCCAAAAACA